CUGCUCCUGCUUCAUUCGAGCGCUGCGCCUACCGCGACCAACCUGACCGGCCAGCCGCCCCGCCGUCGUCGCCUCUGCCGCCGCGAUUUGUCCGGCGGGAUCGCACGAGGAAGAAAGGGAGAGAGAUGAGGAGCAGCGAGGCCAUGGAGCUCCUGGGCUUCGCUCCCUACUCCCGCCCGUCCCCUUCCGAGGUUAAGGCUGCGUAUAGAAGAAUGGUCAUGGAGUCCCAUCCCGAUCGCGUCCCGAUUGAUCAGAAGCCUCAAGCCGAGUCAAAAUUCAAGCAGGUAGUAGAAGCAUAUUCUUGUUUGAAGGAUGGUCGAAGAUUUGGGAACAGAAUGGAAGUACAUGUAAUGAGGUCUGGUGUUCCAACGGGAUACAGAAGAUCAAACAAGAUAUUGGUUAAAGCCCCCUUUCUGCUCAUAAUUUGUGCCGCAGUUUCCUUUGGUUCCUACAGCGCUUCGAGGGCAUACCAGCGGCAAAAGGAUGUGUGUUCCUCUCAGAACCCUUUUCUUCCAUAAUGGAAACUCAUUGUACUGUCGAUAUCCAUAUAAGCUAAUAGAAGAGAAGAUCUGUGUGUUGCAAUUUGAGAUGCAAAACAAUCUCUGCACUGAAUAAAGGCACCAAUCACUGUUUGUGAUUUCAAAGAAAAGACACAUGCUUUGUAGAUGUUCAGUUUA